UAGACAACACCCAGAGGGAUGUGGGGCUUGGGAUGAGCCUGGCUUUGGAGAAGGGGCCUCCCUCUGCAGCCAUCCCUCCCUGCUCACCACGUCCCCUCCUCCCACCCCAUCAUCAUGGAAAUCCCCCCCAAGAGUCCAGAUGAGAGCGAGAAGUCGCCCCAGUCCAAGGAGCUGAUCACCAGUAACACGGGCAGCACCCUGUGCAUGAGCUCCCGCAGCGAGUCCGUGUGGACCAGCGCUCCCAGGAGCAAGUGGGACAUUUACCACAAACCCAUCAUCGUGGUGUCGGUGGGAGUUGCCAUCUUCCUCUUUGGGACAGUCAUCACCAGCCUGUCCUGCUUCCUGACCGAGAACACAAACGCUUACAAAAUGUCUGGCCCGGCUUUCCUGUCCCUGGGACUGAUGCUCCUGGUUUGUGGCCUGGUCUGGAUCCCCAUCAUCCGCAAGAAGCAAAAGCAGAGGCAGAAGUCACAGUUCCUACAGAGCCUCAAAUCCUUCUUCUUCAACCGCUGAGGGCAGCCAGGACCUUCCCAAGAAGGUUCCCCUCCCCUCCACCCACCUGUGUUGAUCAGCCAUGAAAAUAAAGACUCUCUUGUACUCCCUAGAGGAUUUCACCCCAGUCAGUGUCUUCCCUACAUGGUCUCCAGUGUGAAAAUAACUUUGUACUUCAUCCAAGUCAUCCCAGGAAAAAAAGGAGCAGGAAUUUUCAGCUGAGCCCAGCAAGGCAGAUCAAGGUCUCUGCAUCACCCCCCUGUCCAAGGAGUGACCCAACACAAACUGGGUCAAGCAAAGCCCCAAAGGAACCUGGGCUGAAGCAAAACCCCACGGGAACCCAGAUCCCCCAGAGGUUCUGCAAAACCCAUCAGCAGAGAGGAGCCAUCUCACUGGAGCCACAAUUCCUUCAAGCUCCCUAAUUUGCCAGAGGGAGAGGCUGGAGGAUCUGCACAGCAUCAGGAGACACAGCAGAAGCAGAGGGUCCCAUGUCCUGCAGAAAGGCACAGAUCCUUCAGAAGGGCACAAAUCCUACAGAAGGGUACAGAUCCUACAGAAGGGCACAGACCCUGCAGAGGGGCACAGAUCCCACAGAGAGGCACAGAUCCUACAGAAGGGCACAGACCCUGCUGCUCCAGGCAUCUGGCAGGGCAGGGACAAGGAAGAUAUUUGUGAGAAUGAUCUGAGCUGUGGGAACUGUGCUCAGGGCUGAGAGCUGAUUCUCUCCCAGGAAACUCUCAACCUCCUCUUGGCCAUGUCUUCUUGAACUCCCUCAUUUCUGAAACCUGUGCCACAUCAACAUUUCAGCCUGGAAAUGUGCUCCAAGAUGCCUGAGACCUGAAGUAUUUGUGUUUCCACACUCUGAGCUGUCGGGCUCACCUUGACACUGUGCCGGGCUUCCCCCUGUCUGUGACCAGGGCUGUGUGCCUGGAGAUCCCCUCCACCCGUGUGGGCAGAGCUGGAGGUGGCACAUCCCAUCCUGGCAGCUGGCACAGCUGGAUUAGGAGUAUUUGAGCACACAAGUCCCUUUGCCCUCAGCCUGGCCCUGGACUUUGUUUCCUGACUGGUGCAGGUGUCCCUGGGCACCCAGUGCCCAGUGGGGCUGUACAGGAUCUGCCACAGGACCCAGCAAAGCUGUUUGUUCCCACACAUCAUGCCAUGCUCUGCUGCUGUUUGCAAUCCUGCCCUGGCACUGGGCACCAUCCUCUGCUCCUUCAGCUGCCCCGGGCAGGGCAUGCUCACCCAAAACUCCUGGACACCAGGAUUCAGGAUGGGAAGCCAGGCAGGACGUGAAGAGCAGCCCCAGGUCCCAGCUGGGUGCAGGUCUGGGCACAGAUGGGAGCCCUAGAGCUGCACCUGGAGCGGCACCUGGAAAUGUGUCCUGCUGCAAAGAGCUGUGCUCAGCCAGGGCUGCCCGGCCAAAGAGAUGCUCCAGGAGGGCUGGAACUGCCAAAUGGAGAGAGGGGAUCCUGCUGUCCACAUCUCAAGGAGAAGGAGACAGUCAGUGAAAUGUUAGUGUGAUAAAAAGUCACAGAGACCAAGAAUUGAACUGGGUUCCAGACUGA